AUGAGCAAAUCAAUUGUACCAGAAGUCCGUUGGGCACAACGUUCUAGCGAAAGUGAUGAGGAGAAGAACUAUAUCUUAUUAACCCUUUUAAUUCCAGACUGUAAAGAACCUCAAUUAAAGCUAGAACCUUCAUUUCUAGAGUUUACAGCAAAAUCAUCAGGCCAUACAGGUGAUCAAGAACCUCAUAAUUACAACCUACAUAUUGAUUUCUACAAGGAGAUUGAUCCUGAGAAGUCUUUGCAUAAAAUUGCAAAUGGUAGAGGUUAUUAUUUGAAAUUGGCUAAGAAGGAACUAGGUGUAGAAUACUGGCCAAGGUUAACAAAGGAAAAAUUAAAGUACCACUACAUCAAGACCGAUUUCGACAAAUGGGUGGAUGAGGAUGAGCAGGACGAGGCUCAACAACAACCUGAUUUAGCUGGUAUGGAAGGACUAGAGGCUCUCCAAGGUCUGGGCGGCAUGGGCGGCAUGGGCGGUAUGGGCGGUAUGGGCGGUAUGGGCGGCAUGGGUAACGCCGAUGCCCAAGCUCAACUUCAACAAUUGCUACAACAGUCAGGUGGAUCUCUAGGUGCCGAUGGUAUCGAUGAAGAAGACGGAGCUGAAGACGAAGAGCAAGAAGAAGAGGAAAUAGAAGAGAUCACUAAGUAG